AUGUCUCACUUCUACACCGAGCUAGAGAAGCUGACCAAGUUGGAUGGUCCGACGGGCGGACCCGACAUGAGGUGGCAGAGGAAGGCCAAGGAAGUCAACGGCUGCGGGAAUGUAUCCAUGAACAAGAGUCUCAACAAGAGUCUCAACACCAGCUCCAUGUCUCCCAUGAAGGUGUCUAACAGAUCUUUUAGUGCCGCCAAAACACCUUCCAAGACUCCUGGAGGAACCAUCAGAUCAAAAACACCUGGAAAAGGAAAAUCCAAGACCCCAACACGGACCCCAGGUGGAGACCGCUUCAUCCCCAACAGGAGUGCCACCAACUUUGACCUGGGUAACUUCAAGCUCCAUGAUCAAUCCUGUAACAUGGGUGAGAACACUGACCCAUCCCUUAUGAGCCCUUCCAAGCUGGAGUAUCAGAAGGCGAUGUCGGAGAACCUGAACGGCGAUCUCAUGAAUGCCAAGAUCCUCUGCUAUAAGAACAAGCCUCCCAGUGCACCUGAAGGCUAUCAGAACAACUUGAAGGUGAUGUAUUCUCAUAACAAGACACCCGGUUCAACCAAGAAGCCUGUCAGACAUAUACCCCAACAACCUGAACGCAUUCUUGAUGCCCCGGACAUGCUUGAUGACUACUAUCUCAACUUGCUAGACUGGAGCUGUCACAACCACCUUGCCGUUGCCCUUGCUAACAAUGUAUAUCUGUGGAACGCAGCCAGUGGGGACAUCAAGCAACUCAUGCAGCUAGAGGGACCAGAGGACUACAUCAGCUCGGUCAGCUGGAUCACAGAAGGCAACUACCUGGCCGUGGGAACGAGCUCUGGAGAUGUUCAGCUUUGGGAUGUAGAGAGUGCUAAGAGGUUAAGAUGUAUGCAGGGACAUGCAGCAAGAGUUGGUUCACUCUCGUGGAAUUCCUACAUCCUCAGCAGUGGUUCACGUAGCGGCAACAUCCACCACCAUGAUGUGCGUGUGGCCCAAUUCCAUGUUGGUACCCUGGCUGGCCACACCCAAGAAGUAUGUGGUCUCAAGUGGUCCCCCGACGGGCGGUACCUGGCCAGCGGUGGCAACGACAACCUUCUCAAUAUCUGGCCCACGUUCUCGGCCACGCCCUGUAAUGUCCCCAUUUACACACUCAACCAGCAUCAGGCGGCAGUCAAGGCACUAGCAUGGUGUCCAUGGCAACCCAGUGUAUUAGCCAGCGGAGGAGGGACAGCUGACAGACACAUCAGAUUCUGGAAUAGCAACACCGGUUCUUGCCUCAACAGUGUCGACACCAAGUCACAGGUUUGCGCCCUCUUGUGGUCAAAAGAACAUAAGGAGUUGAUAUCGGCCCACGGCUUUGCCCAGAACCAGCUGGUCAUAUGGAAGUACCCCACCAUGGUUAGAAUAGCAGAACUUCUAGGUCACACCUCACGCAUCCUCCACAUGUCCAUGAGUCCUGAUGGCACGACAGUUGUCUCUGCUGCUGCCGAUGAAACCCUGAGACUCUGGAAGUGCUUCGCCGUUGACCCCAAGACCAAGAAGGAGAAGAGCGCCAGCUCGACAAAGCUGCCCAGAAACAGCAUCAGCAAAAUGCAGAAUAUUCGCUGAAAAGCAAAGAAUGUAGAGACACUUGUGCUCAUAUCAGGGAGUGCGUUGAAGCCGUUUGGGAAAAGAGUGGUCCUGUACCUGGGCCGUUCUGGGUUCCACAUCUCUAAGGUCUGCAAUCAAUCGCUGGAUGUCAGUUGAGAUUUUAGUUGAUUGCAUGUGCAUUUUGUUCAAACCACUGACAAUAAUGUUGAUAAUGAUGUGAGUCAUCAGGAGCAGUUCAUGAAAGGAAUUGUCAGAUGUUUUAUCUGACAAAGUCUCCUUAUUUCCUAUGGCCAAUAAUCAUAUCAGAUAUCAGCUAUCUUAUUUUGUUAGGACAAGCACUUCCGGUAGCAGUAAGCGCAGUAGCUGAUCAGCACUACCGUUUGCAGCUAGCUAGCUCAACUUAUUGUGAAUGUGCAGAUUUCAUCGUUUCUUUAGUUCUUAAGAAAUUUUAAUUUGCUUGCGCAACCAUAGAUCUAUUUCGAGCAAUGUGUACCUUUGGGGGGUGGGAAGCAGCGAUUAGUUGUUUGCACUAUGAUUUACCCCUUAUAGCACAUCCAGGUACUUGGUAGGAAAUUUUUGCUAUCGAUAGUUGAAUUAUUGGCUGUAUAUGAUAAGGGAAUUACCACAAUAACUAACAUGCUUCUUAGCCAUUAAAAAUGAUGUCAUGUAAGGUGACAAACGUCGAUUAAAACCUUCCGGGAUGACGGAAUAGUUUUCCAGCCAUCGCAUUGCAAUUUGCUCCGCAUCUUGUUAUGACUGCUACACAAAAUUUCCUUUGCGUAGAAAUUAUUUUCACAGGACUGUAAUGAACAUGUAUGAAAGCUUUUCUCCGACAACUGUAAAUGCUAAUCAAAUUUGAGAAGAAAAUUUUUCCCUGCUAUUAAUAAGGAACUCGUACUUAUUAUCUUGCAUUUUCUCAAAAAAUUAUUUUAAAAACCUUUAUUUUUCUUAGAAAAGGAAUAUGUUUUGAUCAGUGUCAUGUUGCUACUAUCAAUUAAGAAUUGAUGCUUUGGGUAUGCAAUCUUUUUAUCAUCCCUUUUAUUAUUACAUGUAUAAAAGUUUGCCAGCAUAAAGUACCAAAAAGUGUAAUCACUUUAUUGCACAAUAUUGUACAUGCAGUUUUUCAGGAUAGAGGUUUAACAUGUGUUGGGUUAUGGUAUUCGAAUCAUGGUUUAUUAUUACAAGUUCAAACAUGUACUGUUAUAUAUUUUAUAUUUAUUUCCAAUUUUAUUGCCAAUUUAAUAUCCAUGUUUUACAAUGUUUCUUAUUAGCUAUGUGUAUUUCAUUCUACUCCGACAGGAAUAUUGUGGUAUGAUGUUUUUUCUCAAGACAUCAAUUUCACAUCUUUUAACAAAAUCAUUUUAUGAAUUAUAGAAAAGAAGGGUUUCUUGACUCUCCAUUGUUUUAUUCAACUUGUUUUAACCAACUUAUCAUGUGUAUUUAUGUUAAUCUUUCUUUAUCCUUUAUCUCUCAAUUUUCUUACAAAAUGUUAGAUUCAAACUUGAUUAUGAUUUCAUACACACUUCUAACAAGAUCCAAUUAAUAGGAAGAUAAACUAACAUGAAUAUUAAACAUAUUUCUUAGAAUAUUUAUCAGCAAUAAUGCAGUUGAGGAGAAAACAUACAAGACUGUCACUAUCUCCUUUUGACCAAUUCUCAUUACGAAAAAUGUAAAUAGAGUUCUGUAAAAAGCCAUGAUAAACAAAUAAUAGAAUGUACAAAUAAUAUUUUGUAAUCAAAA